CGUGCCUACGAGUGGUGUGUGCAUGUGUGUCGCAUUGGCUGACGAAGUGUUUGUUUUGGCCAAACAACACCAAAAACCUCCAUUACACACCAAUGAAAUGGCGAACGCAAAGUUGUACGAGAGAACACACAGAGGAGCAUGAAAACAUGUACGCUGCUGGGCGAAUUAUUGGGCAGCUGUCAGUUUAGUUUUUACCUCAGUGGCACAAACAUCAGCAGACGAAUAGGCUCUUAGCUCAGAAAAGUAAUUUUCAGUAAAUACACACAAACAUAUACUCAUUGGGCACAAAAGGGAAGAACAAGCAAAAAUGGUUUAAAACUAGAAAGAAAAAAAUAGAAAAAACUAUGAUUGAAACAUAGAGAAUUUUAAGUGUUUUCUUUCAUCAAGUGAUUCCUUAAGGAGAACAACUCUUUGGCAAAUUGGUGCAAUUAACUUUUGUAUACUGGUCUUCUAGAGAAAUGCAGAUUUUCAUCAUAUCAUAGGCUGCCUGGGCCAAUUGAUAAGAUAAAUGCUAACAUAUUGUAAGGUUUGACUGCAGCAACAACAAUAAUUUUGCUUUUACAACAAAAAGUUUCGUCUCGCUUUUUUUUACUACAAACAACAAAGGUUUCAUCCUAACUAAUCACACAAGUACUCCAACAAACUCACCACCAUGGAUAUUGUUAUACGUGAAGAGGACAUCUCAUUGGCUCAAGUGGGCGUUUAUGCAUCACUAUCCUUUUUAGUGGUUUCAGUCAUGGGUUUUGGUCUCUAUGCCACAUGUUCCAGACGUUAUCGUUUAAAUUGGUUCGAGAAGACCCUUCUCGAGUCGGCAAAUCCCAAAGAUGAUGAAGAGCAGUGUCGAGAUGCAUUGGUGGCCGCAGCUUCUGGUUAUAAUGUGGAUAAUAUCAGCGAAUGUUCACGUUCCCUAGCUGGAGGCGUAGGCGGAGGAGGGGGUGGUAAGGGUAAUGUUACACCCUCAUCAAUAAAUACAGAUGAUACUUCAUUUUGGAUUCCACCACCGUCAAAGACAAUACAGCAGCAGGUCUCAACCUCUGCCGACGAAUCGCCACCUUCAACACCCACCUCGCCAACGGGUAGCAUGAAAUCGAAUACUUUCUCCAUAACAUCAUGCACUUCAGUGCCCAUAGCACGAAAUGAAAAACAUGUAGUGCUAGCCAUGGGACCCACCAGACCCAAGGUUUCAUCGAUGAAUGCCAAACUGGAUCAUACGAAAAUCGAUAUGUCCUUAUAUAGAACAAAAUCCUUGCAAAAAGACAGCACAAAGACCACAAAUGAAGAGAUGAAGGGCAGUAUUCAUGUUAGCAUAAUGUAUGAUCCACAUGCUGGAAUUUUGUCUGUUCGCUUGAUUGAGGCCCAAGAUCUGCAUUCCCGCCAUUUGAGUGGCACUGCUGAUCCUUAUGCCAAGAUCAGAUUAUUGCCGGAGAAGAAGAAUUUCUGGCAAACAAGAAUACACAAGAAGACCUUGUGUCCGGUAUUCGAUGAAGAUUUUGUUUUCGAAGAAAGCCCCAUCUCAAUUGCCAAACGGGUAAUUGAAAUUUUGAUAUAUGAUUUCGAUGCAUACUCUCGACAUGUGUGCAUCGGAGGAGCCCAAAUACCUUUGGCUGAUUUAGAUUUGACUAAGAAGGAGAAAUUCUGGACCCCAUUAGGGGCAUGCGCUGAACAGGACAUGAAAGUUGAUUUGGGCGAUGUAAUGAUGACCUUGGCCUAUUUGCCCUCCGCUGAACGAUUGACAGUGGUUCUUAUAAAAGCCAGAAAUUUGAGAAUAGUCGAUGAUUCUCGCAAUUCAUCGGAUCCCUAUAUCAAAGUGGUAUUAAUGGUACCGGGAAAGAAGAACAAGAAACGCAAAACAGGAGUUAUAAGAAACACCAUAAACCCUGUUUAUAAUGAGGCAUUGACAUUUGAUGUCAAUAAGGAGGCUUUGAAGAAUGCCACUUUGGAAUUGACAGUGGUGCAUGAUGGAUUACUGGGCUCCAAUGAAGUUUUGGGACGUGCCAUCCUAGGCAGUGGUCCCGAUGUACGCCCUGAAGAGAAACUAUUCUUUGAGGAAAUGUUCCGCUCCAAAAAUGCCACAGCCCAAUGGGUGCCCCUGCAAGAUGUUAAUAACACACGUUCCAACUAAACAUAGACGCAUGUGGAAACCAUAGCUGUAGCGAAACAAAUGAUUGGUGUCUUUGCUAGUGACCAUAAAACAAAAUCCACAGCGAUGUUAACAGUUUGAGGGUGACUGGCAAGAAUGCAGGCAGGCUGUUAGGCCUUUGACGAACAUCAACUGUUAUGUGAGCUGUUGUUCAAUGUUAGAACUUUUGUAAUAACAUGUUAGGGAGCAUGUUAAUGUUGUUAACAGCAUAUUGUGAAAAGGGAAUCAAGUUCAAAAUACGAUAGGAUUUGCAGGGAUAUUUUAAGCCAAAUCUUCAAAAAAAAAAAUUGUUAACCAAAAUAUUUAAAGAAAAACUCUAUAUAUUUAAUUGUUUAAAAACGCUGAAAAUAUCGUUGAAAAAAAAACCCCGAACUUAAAGUGACGAAUACAAAUACACUUAGAAAAAGAAAAAGAAAACAAACCAAACAAUUAUUAAAUGUGCUUUAAUAUUUGUGGCGCAAACUCCCCUUCCCCCUUCAACAAAAAAAAGAAAGACAAAAAAUUAACAUUUCAAAUUGUGUGACAUUCGAAGAAACCAAAAAACCAUUUUUAAAAUCAAUGUUUUUUAUGGUAGAAAUCGAUAUAAACAAAAAUUCGUAAAAUUGGUAAUGAGACGAAAACUCAUAAAUACAUACAAAUACAACACGUACAUAUUAUUUAUUAUGGUUUAUCUAUAUGUCCAUAUGUACCUCACUUUAUAUAGUAAAACUUCUAAAGAAAAAAAUUAUUAAAAAAAAAAAAUAUAUGAACCAUUCAUUCAUUGGGAAGCGUUUAUUCGAUGCCAUCAAAACAAAAAAUUGUCAUUAUUCUAUUGGUGUCCACCCAUGUUACCUUAACUUAUAAGUCUUUUUGUAAAAAAAAAACCCCAAAAAUAGGGAAAAUUAUAGAUUUUAUGUACACUUUUCCAAAAAGAGCGACAAACAAACAAACAUUUGCCAGUACUUAAGUAUUUACAUUUCAUACGUACAUACAUACAUUCCAAAAACAUCCUACAUAAACAUUUGUAAUGUCUAAGAAAAAAUAAUUUAACAAAAAUAUUGCAAAUUGCAUUAUAUAUAUAUUCUUA